AUGUACAAGCAAAUCGUCAUCGCUCUUCUUCUUUUGGUAUCCUUCUUCUCGGUCAAUGCUAUGCCGGCAACAAACGCCCUCGCUGAACGAAAUAAUGAAAAUACACCUGACAAAAUCAUAGCAAAAGCUGAGUUUAGAACUGCGAAAACCGGAUUUGAGGCCACUUUCACUUUUGUACAAUUGCCGUCAGAUGGGGAUAAUGACAGUGACGACCACCGGGUGUUUGUGACUUCCCUUAUCGUUCUUAGCCAAAGUCUCCGUGUUGAGGUUUUAUUCGACCUCACUCCAUUCGUAAAACCUGGAACAGAGUGGUGUACGGUGCUGAAAAAGGCUGAUGUUAAGAAGUUAGCUGGUAAUUGCGUCUUUAUAGCUAACAGUGGAAAGAGAGCCCCCCCAGCGCAGUCACUCAUAAAUCUAGCUCCUUGA